UGAAUAAUACUUGAAAUAACGCUUUUUCUGCCGGCUUCUUUCCGCUAGGGCUCUUGCGUUCUGAGCUCCAAAACCCCAAAAUAAAAAUUCGGCUUCCUCCUUUCGGCGUAUCGCUCCAUACAAGCGUUCUUCCUCACAACAUCAACCUUCCAACAAUGACGAGCGACGCAGAUAUGAGUAGCUGGACGGAUCUUCUGCAUUCAUCUUCGAAACUCGUCGAGCAAGCUGCUCCUUCUGCUCAGUUUCCUCCUCUCCAGAGAAAUUUGGAUCAAUUAGAAGCAUUGUCAAAGAAGCUCAAGUCGAAAACGCUCAGAACCGAGGCUCCCUCUCAAUCGAUUGCAGCUACAAGGCUACUUGCACGUGAGGGGAUAAAUGCUGAGCAACUGGCACGGGAUCUUAAGUCAUUUGAAUUGAAGACAACUUUUGAGGAUGUUUUCCCUGCCGAAGCUACAAGCGUUGAGGAAUACUUGCAGCAGGUCCGUGAAAUGGCAAUGGUUUCUGCUGUUCAGGAAGCUCAGAAAGAUAAUCUCAGAAAUUUUAGUGACUACAUGAUGACAGUGUUAGAGGAUGACUGGCAAAAGGAAAAAAGGGACUUUCUUCACAGCCUGAGCCGCAUCUCCAGUUUACCAAGGACCAAUGUAACUGAUUCAAGCAUUGGGGCUAACCGAUCAGGGCCAAUACUAUCUUUAACUUCCAGUCCUCACAUUUCAUCUGGUCCUUCUAACAUGGAGCUUUUGGCAAUAGCUGAUAAAAAGGCUGCAGCAUAUGCUGAGGUUGUGAGAAAUCUCAAUGAUGCAAGACAGCGUAGUUUAGAAUAUAAACCAGCUACUGCUUUUAAGAAUGCAUAUGACAAUCUUGGCCUGGAUUCUUCUGGUGGUAAAUCAGUUACCAUGAACAAGAUCUGGCAUCUAAUUCAGACUUUGACGGGUGAGAAUUCAAGUGUCCAAAGAAAUCUUUCAAAGAAAAUGUCACUAAUAAUUGGUGCAAGGCGACACCUGGAAUGGGGGCAUGAUAAAUAUAUCAUGGAAAUGAUACACAGUCAUCCAGCACAGGCUGCUCUUGGUGGAGUGGUGGGAAAUUUGCCAAAGAUCCAUGCUUUUCUUAGGAUCCGGUUGAGAGACUACGGGGUUCUUGAUUUCGAUGCAGGCGAUGCUCGUAGACAGCCUCCUGUUGAUACCACAUGGCAGCAGAUCUAUUUCUGCUUGAGAACUGGGUACUAUGAUGAUGCACAAAGGGUUGCUUCAAGCUCCCGUGUUUCUCACCAUUUUGCAUCACAGCUUACAGAAUGGAUCUCAAACGGAGGCAUGGUAUCAGUAGAAACCGCUUCCAUUGCUGCAGAAGAAUGUGAAAAAAUGUUACGUAUGGGCGAUCGAUCAGGCCGAGGAACAUUUGACAAAAAAAAACUACUUCUCUACGCCCUCAUAUCCGGGUCCCGCAGGCAAAUCGAUCGCCUACUGAGAGAACACCCCACACUUUUCAACACCAUAGAAGACUUCCUCUGGUUCAAACUCUGUGCUGUUCGAGACUCCCCCACCAAUUCAAACGAAGGCUUAUCACCUUACACCUUACACGAUCUACAAGCCUACUUAAACAAAUUCGAACCAUCUUACUACACAAAAAACGGGAAAGACCCGUUGGUGUAUCCGUAUGUCUUGCUACUAAGCAUACAGUUGCUUCCAGCUGUUUUAUAUCUGUCUAAAGAUAUCGGAGACGAUGGGUACAACAUCGAUGCUACUCAUAUAGCAAUUGUGCUAGCAGACCAUGGUGUUCUCGCUGAUGUCACUGGGACAGGUGGUCAUAAGUUGGGUGUGAUGGAUGGUUUUGCUGAGUCAGCGAGUAUAAUUAGACAAUAUGGUUCGUUGUAUCUACGACAUAACAAUCUUUCGAUGGCGUUGGAGUAUUACGCGCAGGCUGCUGCUGCUGUUGGUGGUGGGAAGUUGUCUUGGUCUGGGAGAGGGAAUGUGGAUCAACAAAGGCAACGCAGUUUGAUGAUGCAGCAGUUGUUGAUGGAGUUGCUGUUGCGUGAUGGUGGGAUACUUUUGUUGCUUGGGGCAAGAGGGGAGGGAGAAGAAGGUGAGUUAAAGAGGUUUUUGGUUGAUGGAAAAGAGAGGUACCAGUUUUUGUUUGAAGCUGCUCGCAGGUGUCUGGAAGCUGGGCUUAAUGACAAGUCUAUAGAAAUUCAAAAGAGAAUUGGGGCGUUUUCAGCAGCACUGGAUACAAUAAACAAGAGUCUCUCUGAAGCUAUCUGUUCUUUAUCACGAGGUAGACUCGAUGGAGAGAGCCGAACAGCUGGGCUUGUUCAUUCUGGAAAUGAGCUGCUGGAGACGUUUAAAUACUUUCCGAAUGUCAGUCUACAAGAAAGAGAACUUGUUUUAGAGCAAGAAACCGUGUUAAGACAACUUGAGAACAUUUUGGUUAUUCAUAAAUUGGCAAGGCAAGAACAUCAUCUAGAUGCUUUAAGGGAGAUUGCCAAGCUUCCAUUUCUUCCAUUUGAUCCCAGGGCAUCUGAUACAGCAGCAACAGAUACUUUUCAAAAUUUGUCCCCUCAUGUUCAAGCUUGUAUUCCAGACCUUCUUAAGGUCUCUCUUCAGUCUAUAGACAAUGUCAGAGACUCAGAUGGCUCACUUCGUGCCUUGAGGAUCAAGAUUGCCAAUUUCCUUGCGAAUAAUUUGAAUCGAAACUGGCCACGGGACUUAUACGAGAGAGUAGCUAGAAGUCUGUGAAACAUCAAGAGAGAGUUGUGUGUUUCAUGCUGUUUUGGUGAGUAGUGACUUGUUUUAGAGAGUUUUAUAUGCAAUUGUAUGACUAUAAUGGUGUGUAUGAGGAUGUUAUCUUUAGCUCGGUUUUUAUAUUUGCAAAUGCCAAUUUCAAGAGCUAUUUUAGGCAUAAUGGAAUGGUAAAUAUAAUUUUCCAUCAUUUGCUUGUAAA